CGAGCUCGUUUUGUUAUCAUGAAGUGUAAUUGUUACUCCAUUGGUCAUUACUGUCCCGAUAUUGGCGUGCUAUGAAUGGUAUUGCAGGACAUACUUUCCACAUUGUAUGACGCUGAAAAGGAUCCAUGUCUUUCCUUCGUUGGGUGUCUGAGAAAUUGAGUGUGGAGAGCCUGCGGGAUUUGGAGUUAUUUGGAGGUAAAGUCCAAAGCGAAACAGAAAACGGCCCAUGAGGACAGUCGGGAGAGUCUGACCUCCCUUCCACGUCAAGACGCCAUGGGCAGCUUCCUCCCUGACAGCAGCGCCUAUCAGCUCCUCGGCGCCAUCGGCCAUGGUCUGGACCAUUUGAUGACGGUCAACCGAGCCCGAUACAGACCCACUGGGGAGCAUGUGGCCAUACGACGGAUCGAUCUGGAGUCGUGUACUAACGACAUGGUCGCCUACCUGCAGGCCGAGCUGCACGUGUCCAAGUUAUUUCACCACGCCAGCAUCCUGCCCUACAAGAGCAUCUUCAUAGCCGAGAACGAGCUGUGGGUCAUCACCCCCUUCAUGGCGUAUGGUUCUGCCAGAGAGCUGGUCAGCACACAUUUCCCCGACGGCAUGAGCGAGCUCACCAUCGCGUACAUUUUACUGGGCAUGCUCAAAGCUCUAGAAUACAUCCACCAAAUGGGAUACGUGCACAGGAGCGUGAAGGCCAGCCACGUGCUGAUCUCGGCCGACGGUCAGGUGUGCAUGUCGGGUCUGCGGAGCAUCUUCAGUCUGAUCCGACACGGCCAGAGAGACAAAGUAGUGCAUGACUUUCCGCAGAACAGUGUCAAGGUGCUGCCUUGGCUCAGCCCCGAGGUGCUGCAGCAGAACUUGCAGGGCUAUGACUCCCGCUCAGACAUUUACAGUCUCGGCAUCACAGCAUGCGAGCUGGCUAACGGACACGUUCCCUUUAAAGACAUGCCAGCCACGCAGAUGCUGCUGGAGAAACUAAACGGAACGGUGCCGUGCCUGCUGGACACCACCACGAUCCCGCCGGAGGAGCUCUCCAUGAAGCCGUCGCGCUCUGGAGCAGACUCUGGGAUCUGCGAAGGGCCCGUAGGAGGCGGACUCCGUCACUCCAACGGCGAGCCGGCCUCGUCUUCGUCGUCGUCAGGACACCCGUACAACCGCACCUUCUCUACCCACUUCCACACCUUUGUGGAGUUGUGUCUUCAGCGAGAGCCGGAAAAGAGACCGUCUGCCUCAGCUCUCAUAGGUCAUCCUUUCUUCAAGCAGAUCAAGCGGCGUCCCUCUGAGGCGCUGCCCGAGCUCUUGAGGCCCGCGUCGCCCAUAAGCAAUUCAGAGAGCUCCCAGCCGCAGCCCUCCUCGUCUGGACUGGCCAGUCUGGAAUCAGGUCUUAGCCAUCUGGAUGUGGACGACUGGGACUUCUGACCUCAGUGAGGACAGACAAACAUCCUUUUUGUGUUGCUGCGUGUAAAUACAUUGACAUUACUCUUCUUGGAGGUUACAGUGGCCAUCUUGCUUCUUUUUAGGUGUCUUGACGCUUUUUGUCCUCCUCAGGCUUAGAACUGAUGUUUGCUCAAAUCCCCUUAGAGCUCUAAAACCCAACAGGAGAAGACGCUCUACCUCUCACUCUCGCCUCCGCACGCGUAUGCAUGUCCUUUAACUUGCCGUGUGCACGAAUGUUACAUUGACAGCGAGGGCAAAGCUUUGUGCUGCAAGCUGAACUUGACAAUAAUAAAUGUUUCCACUUGAAAAGACCACACAGUGAAAAU